CUGCUUGUAGCAACAACAACAACAAAAACUACUUCCUGCUUGUGGCUGCUGCUAUCUUUGGUCGCUCGUUCGCUUCGUUAGCUCGCCAUGUCUGCUGCAAAGUGACCGAAAUGGAGUCGCGCUUGUCGGACACGGAGGGCGAGGAGCAGCAGCACGAACCUCUUCUUCAACGCGGACGCAAGGACAAGAGCCAGCGGGCUCCAGCAUGCUGCUCGGCGCGCUACGGCCUGGCCCUGCUGUCCUCGUUCGGCUUCUUCGUGGUCUACGCCCUCCGGGUCAACCUCAGCGUGGCCAUGGUGGACAUGCUCAACACCACCCAGCGGGCCCACCGCAACCACAGCAGCUCCGUGUGUCCCGCCCACCCCAGCCCCGCCCGGCCCAAACGCAACCACACCGCCAGCGUGUACGACUGGGACUUUGAGACGCAAGGCUGGAUCCUGGGCUCCUUCUUCUACGGUUACAUCCUCACGCAGAUCCCCGGGGGUUACCUGUCGGGCCGCUUGGGGCCCAAGUGGCUGAUGGGUUUGGGCAUCCUGGGGACGGUGGCCUUCACGCUGCUCACCCCCGCGGCGGCCGACCUGGGCGCCAGCUACCUCAUCGCCGUCAGGGUGCUGGAAGGCGUAGGGGAGGGCGUGACGUUCCCCGCUAUGUACAACAUGUGGGCAGCGUGGGCGCCGCCUUUGGAGAGGAGCCGUCUUCUCACCAUCUCCUACAUUGGAGCCCAGAUCGGGACGGUGGUUUCGCUUCCGCUGUCGGGUGAAAUCUGCUUCUACCUGGACUGGACCUACGUCUUCUACAUCUUUGGUGCAGUGGGCCUGUUGUGGUUCGUGCUGUGGGCCUUUCUGGCCUUCGACAGUCCGAACAGUCACCCGUGGAUCUCGGAACGGGAGAGAGUCUACAUCGUGGGCUCGCUGAAGAACGAGCUGUCUCCAUCGGGCGGACACAUCCCGUGGCGAGCCAUCGUGACGUCGCGCCCGCUGCUGGCCAUCGUGGUGGCCCACUUCUCGUACAACUGGACCUUUUACACCCUCCUCACCCUGCUGCCCACCUACAUGAAUGACAUACUGGGCUUCAGCAUACAGCAGAACGGCUUUCUGUCGGCUCUCCCUUACCUGGGCUGCGCUCUGUUCGCCAUGCUGAGCGGUCAGCUGGCCGACUACCUGCGGGAAAGGCGCCGCUACGCCACCGUCACGGUCCGGAAGUCCUUCUCCGUCGUGGGUAUGAUCGGACCGGCCGUGUUCCUGGUGGCGGCCGGUUACACGGGAUGCAACUACACCUUGGCGUUGACUUUCCUCACUCUCUCGUCCUCGCUGGGCGGAGUGUCGGCGUCCGGCUUCAAUAUCAACCACUUGGACAUCGCUCCCUCCUACGCGGGCAUCCUGCUGGGCAUCACCAACACCUUCGCCACCAUUCCUGGCAUGGUGGGACCAGUCAUUGCAAGAAGCCUCACUACAAAUAACACCAUUGAAGAAUGGCAGACUGUCUUCUACAUCGCGGCCACCAUCAACCUGUUUGGCGCCACCUUCUACAGCAUCUUCGGUCGAGGCAGCGUGCAGCCCUGGGCCGUCCACGCCGACUCCUACUCCCGCCAAGACUAAGACCAAAGUCCACUUUGCGUGAGCCGCCAGCCCUUCACGCAGAGUACAUACAUACCCUUUCUCGUAGAGCCAGAAUUUACUCUCCUACAGUGAAGCCGUUUAUCGUGGGGGGGGGGAAAUACGUUCCAGACCCACCCGCAGCAGGUGAAAAUCUGCAACAAAGAGGAACCAUAUAAAAAAAAAUUAUAUAGUUUUGUCCUCCCAUAUAAUGUGAAACUAAAUAUAUCUUAACCACAGAGAAGAGUGUUGUUAAGAACCCUGUCAAAUUUGAAGGGAAAUCGGAUGGGAGUGCGUGCACUCAUAACCAACAACGAGGCGUUCUAAAGCGACCACGCCAGCGGACCAUCCGAAGGGAAGAUGCGCUCACGGGGUCCAAGCGUAGCUAGCUAGCUAGCUAACCGUUGAUGCGGCUGAAGGCGCUCAAGUUCGUAUAUAGCGGGGGAGAUGGGACUGGGUGCCCUUUAUUAGCCAUGCUCCUACACCCCCCCCCGGCCCUCCCAAAAAAUAUCAGGAAAACUGAAAAGGUGAAAAGCAAUUGAAGGCUUUAUAUCUGGACAAUUGAGUACUACGUCGUUCUGUCUUUGCACAUAGUCAGCAAUUACCUUUACAUAUUUUUUACGUACUUACAAAGAAAUCUCAGAAUUCACUUUACAGGGUUAUUAAAACACACUUCUAAAGCAUUCCGAGGCGGCUGUUGUCAUUCUCACUGUCAAGAAAUGGGAGACUAUCUUAUAACAUCACUUUGGGGAAAAGAAGACUCUUGUUCACACAGUUCUCUAAAUAAGAGGCACAGUGUGCUUGCUUUUAUGUGUCAUUGACAGGUGCAUUGAGAAUCAGUAUAUACUUGAAUCACAAAAUGUUCAACCAAACCAUGUCAUUCUGUAAUCAAAUUUGCCUCACGCUAUCAUAUAACGCGAAACAACGUAGAAAGGCUAACUAAAAUUAGCAUCAAUGUUAAAGUAAUUAUAACCCUUCAAACAAUUGCUACUUUAACACACACUGAGCAUUAAAUGUGCACAACAUUAAAUUCAGAUGUGCCUGAUUAAUGUAAAAACCCAUUUAAAAAGGGAGCACUUAGAAAUCCGCAAUAUGCCAGUGGCGCGAAUGUUUAAGUGCAAUAUAGCGAGGGGUCGCUGUACUGCUGGGAAUUUUUUUAGUUUGUCAACGCAGCAUUGGGUCUCGGUACUUUUGCCACAACGAUACGGGUAAUAGCUGGCUUUUGACGAGCUGCAAGGAAGGGACUGGUCAUCUCCAGGAUAAUCGUUUCUCGAGCAGGGUCUGAAACUUACGGUCGAGGGUCCAAAUGGGUCACUCGUUAUUGGGUCGCCGAUUGUCACGUUGUUUUGUUAGCCCCUUUCGCAACAGUAUCGUUGGGAUUUAUCAUUUUGUGCCUUUCGCACAGACACCUCGGAUUAUUGUGUGUUUUGCAUUUUUUCCCCCCUUAUUGGUAAAAUGUGACAAAUUGUACUGUUUCCUGCUCCUAAGGAGCCUCUUAAUUUUUAUUUCAAAAAGCGGACACUAAGCUGCGACUCUUUAGUGUUUUACAAUUCUGAAGUGGUAUUAAAAGGGAUCACGUCGUUACUGUUUAAUCUAAUGUGUGCAGUUGUUGUUUUUUGAGGACACAAAAGACGCAGAAGCUAACUUUUCUUAAAAUACUUUCAGCUAUGUUUUUUUUCCCCCGUGACAGGAAAGUCCACUUUGCACAUUUCCAGAUGUCACUUCUCCGUACUCACACUUGUGCCUUAAUGAAGCUUUUGAAAUCGGUUGCUUCACGCCGGAUGGCAUUUCAAAACAACAAUAAUAAUUAAAAAAAAUCAGAGAAUGAAUGUCUUAAUGUAUGAAAAGUGUGAUGACUGUAAAGCAGGGCUGUGAAAAUGUUUGUAUUCUUCCCCCUUCGUUUAUUGGAACCUGCUAAAACCAGUCCAAUAUCCUUUGAACACACCUCUUUGUAAACUUGUGUUUAAGAGGUGUAAAAAUCAUCAUUGUGUGUGAUAAAUAUUUAAUCAUCAGAGAAUGGUGCUCUGUUUUCUUUUUUAUGUCAUAAUUGCUGCUAUUUUGAAAACAAGCCAGGAUU